ACACAGACAAUACUCUCCAUACAUCACAAUGUGAUCUCGCAAAAUAAUCGCAUCAGUUUGAGUUAUAAUGAUCAUCGAUCGUGGUACUUGCAUAUCAAAGAGGUGGAAGAGAGUGAUCGUGGUUGGUACAUGUGUCAGGUAAAUACGGAUCCGAUGCGCUCGCAAAAGGGAUAUCUGCAAGUUGUCGUACCUCCCGUCAUAAUUGAAAGCAUGACCAGCAAUGACAUGGUUGUUCGUGAAGGUCUCAAUGUGACGCUGAUGUGCAAAGCGCGUGGUUACCCGGAACCAUAUGUGAUGUGGCGACGUGAAGAUGGCGAAGAAAUGCUCAUCGGUGGUGAACAUGUGAACGUGGUUGAUGGCGAAUUGCUGCACAUAACCAAAGUGAGUCGCCUGCAUAUGGCCGCAUACCUCUGCGUAGCGUCGAAUGGCGUGCCGCCCUCCAUCAGCAAGCGGGUACACCUGCGCGUGCAAUUUCCGCCAAUGCUUUCCAUUCCUAAUCAGUUAGAGGGUGCAUAUGUAGGACAAGAUGUGAUGUUGGAAUGUCAUACGGAGGCGUAUCCAGCAUCCAUAAACUACUGGACCACCGAACGCGGUGAUAUGAUUAUAUCGGACACCUCACGUGCUGGCGACAAAUACGAGACAACCUCAACGGUUAGCGGUUACACGAAAUACAUGAAAUUAAAAAUACGCUCUGUGGGCCCCAACGAUUUCGGUACUUAUCGAUGCGUCGCUAAAAAUUCAUUGGGCGAAACGGAUGGCAACAUUAAACUUGAUGAAAUGCCAACACCCACAACUGCAGUAAUAUCGGAGGUGUCAGGUUGGAAUCGUAGUUUAGUUGGUAAACACCGUCAUAGAAAUAAAUUUGACUUGAAUGCCUUACCUGAUUAUGGGGUCGAGGAGUGGCGCGACGGUGUCGGCAACGACGUGGCAGGCAAUUCGUUGGGCGAUAAUAAUCAAACGCCAGUGCGUAAUCCUCCGGGCGCUUUUCACAAUUCAGCAAACUCACUGGCGCAACAUAAUCUACUUGGCGGCAUAAUUCUUUGGAUUAAAAUGCAAUCAUUUGGGAUUUACAAGCGUUUAUCGGGUUGGUGGCAAAGCAAGCGGCAACGACAACACCAACACCAACGCCAAUGGCAAGCCACCACGCAACCGGAGCAAAAGCAAAGACAACCACAACAGCUGGCGGCGAAGCAGCAAAAAGCGGGAAAACAACACGCACAACAACAACAACAACAACAAAUUAAAUGGCUACCAUUAAUGUGCCGACCAAAAAAUCAUUGUUCUUCGCUUCAGCGGUGCGCCAGUGCGUAUGAGCAAUCAACAGCCGGGCGAGACAAAGCAGAGCAGAUGGAGAUGGAAAUGGAAGUGGAGGUGGAUGCCGGGUCUACUUGUGAUGUUGUUGCUUACACGCAAUGCGGUGGCUUACAGCAGCCAUCUCAAUGGCUGAUAAGGCGAAUUGAUGCGCUGAAGACGGCUCUCGAGGACAGUGAGGUGCAAAUGGAAUGUGAAAACGCGAAAAUUAAUGAGUUGCGUAACAAAGUCAGUCAUAUGACUUUGCGGCAACUUGCGUUGACAGCGUCAUUUUUACACGCCAACACAUCGGCAACAACAAAAGCAACAAGGCGAUCUAUGCAAUUGCUCAGGAAUUUGUUGCUUGUAGAGAGAAUGGCGACAAAUAGCGAUGGAAAUUCCACAGACGCACUAGAAGGCAACAACAACAACAGUAACAACAAUAAUGGGAACAACAAUAACAACAACAAUAGUGAAAAUGCAAAUGGUAACAGUUAUGCCGCUCUCACGUGUGUGCGUGAGAGUGAGCGCACGCAUAAAGACGCUGAGCCAAACAAAAAUUUCUGCAACAACAACAACAAGCUUGGCAAUAAGACCGUCUACAAAGUUUGUGCUAAUUUGUGCCGUUACAAUGUAUUUGACAGCAAAACAACCGUUAACCUUCUUGUGUCACCUACAAAGCUCAUGUUCGCAUUGUUGUUGGCAGCCGUUGUGCUGCUGCUGCUGACACACGCAGACAUCGCAAUUAUCUUAGAGCGCUAUUUAUCGCCGCUAUUAUUAGCGGCAUAUGCAAGUGAGGCUUAUGUACAAAAACAAAUACAACAAGCAUGUGAGCAAGUGCGAACUAGAGUGCCACCAAUGUUGACUGUAGGCGCACGACGCCACCAAAAGGCUGCGCAUAGCAAUGCCAGCGGCAACAACAACACACCAAUAAAAACAACAACAACAACAACAGAAGCAUUUCCGAUUAGCUGCCAAAGGUUAAGCAAAGCCAUGAAGAACAUUUCAUACGCCCGAAUAAUAAGAUUGCUGCGCCAAGGGCAAUGCGUGCUGUGGAAAUCAGCAACACCAACAGCAGCCACCAACUCACAACGGCCAGCAACAAUCGACAGCCGCAAGAGGCCAACAAUAAACCGCAACUUAGCGGUGCCAGCCACAGUGGCUGCAUGUAGCACAAUAAACACACCAACAACAAAAGCAACAACAACGUGUAGCGCAUCAGUUACCGUGAGGGCAACAUUAACGACUACUGCAAUCGUAACGCGCCUACGUGUGCUCUGCUGCGCCGCCUCAUUCAGAUGAAAUCAAAUGAUUACAUGCUGUCGGCGUAUAAGCGAAGGGGGCGGGGUUCGGUAUUUGCGGUUGAUGACGCUGAUGAUUUGCGAAAACCCAUCAGCCAAGGCUAGAGAGUAGGCGCACAAUAGGUACAAUAUUUAUAAUUGAAAAAACGAAAGAAAUCACAUAAGCGUAUACAUUUACACAGUUAUUUAGUACAUAUGUAUGUAUGUAAACAUUGUAUACAACAUAUGUAGACAUAUACAAAAAAAUAUACAAAGACAAAAGUUGCAAAGAGUGAAUUUCAAGAACAUGUGCCCAUAAUCAUACAUACGAGUAAACACACACACAUGCUCAUCAUACACAUACACACAAGAUGCAAAGAAGCCCAAGAAAAUCAAAACAUGAAACCCUUGAGAAUGUACAUAGGUAAGUCUCUGAUAUCCGCUUAGUUGUUGGGAAGCUAUGGAAGUUUACACUCUGCGACAUCUGGUGGCGGUAGUAUAAAUAUUUCCAUUCAACUUUUUUUGUUCAUUCUUACUUUCAUACUAUUUCCUUAAGUUCUGAUCAAUUAACCAAAUCUAUUCAUUCGUACUAUCAGUACAAUUUCGAGCAAGAAAUGUGUAUAUCUCUUGCAAUGAGAUGGAAUUAAAACGUAUACGCUUUGGGAGUGUUAAACCAGUAUAAAGCUUUCAAACAGGACAAAAGUUUGAUAACUUAUUCGUUAAGUAACGAAAAAGGACUCAAAAGGCUUUAGAUUUGUUUUUUCAUGAACUAACAUAACCUUUUUAGUUCUUCUUAUUACUUGACUCAGAGCCUACAGUGCUUUAGUAAAGACUUACUAGAGACAGCAAGUUUAAUUCACUUCUUUUUUUAACGAUAAUGGUAUUAAGUUCUUUGGGCUAAAGUCCGUUAACAGUUAAAGAAGCUUCAUUGAGGUAAAUCUGAGGGGUUAUGAAAACGAUAUCAAUAGUAAGUAACGUCAUUUAGCGAAGAGCCAUUGUAUGUUCUGCUGCUAUUAAAAUUACAGUUUGAACUUCAUACUGUGUACAUAGGCCGGUAUGUCAAUUGCAACGAUGCCGAAGAAAUUGAGAACAAACAUACUCACCAUCAGAUCUUAACAUAUGAGAAACUUCGAAAAGACAAUUAUAAAAAAAUUCAAUAAAUUUUCAGUCGAAGUAGAACGUCAAUCAAACCUUAAGCAUUCUGAACUCUCUGGUAUGAAUGAUCAUUAAGCUGGACUUUACAGAUUAAUAAGUAAUUUUAAGGAUCUUUUUUUUUCAAAAUCUAAUUUUAAUCAAGUUUAUUAACUUUAAGGGCAAAGUUUAACAGUUUUUUUAAGUAUGUGUCUAUAGUUGUCGUCGAUUGGCAUCGAUUCAUAAGCACUGAGGUCCUCAUGUUCGAUACAUAUAUGAGACCAUGAAAAUUUAUGGUCCGAUUUUGGCGAUUUUUCGAAAGGGACUGCCAAACUAUAAAUGCAGAAUUUAUGCAAAGUUCUGUUCCGAUAUCUUCACUAGUGCUUACUUUAUAUAUUGUAAAGUAAAUUAUUCAAACCGACUUCAAAGUUCUGGUAUAUGGGAACUAGAGGCGUGCUUGUGAUCCGAUUUGGACUAUUUUCACAACAUAUCAUUGGGAUGUAAGGAAAAUAUUACAAUCCGAUUUCAUUGAAAUUUGUCGAGCAGUUUCGGAGAUAUGGUUUUUGACCCAUAAGUAGGCGGAGCCACACCCAUUUAAAAUUUUGUAUACCAAUUUGAGUGUAGCUCUUCCGUACCUUCUUUAUAAUGAAAUUUAAGGUUUCUGAUGUUUUCCCUUACUGAAUUAAAGCAUUUUUAGUAGUUUUCAACAUAAAAUUUGUAUGGGAGGUAGGUAAGGUUAUAAUCAGAUUUCCUCCAUUUUUGGACUGUAUAAGGUAGUACAUAAUUCUGCAUUUUAAAAAAUAUUUGUAUUGUGUCUCUUAAAACGAGUCCAAUUGAAAUGUUUAUUAAUAAUUAGUGAAAUUGCAACCAACCUAAAUAAAAGAACGUAAUUUCUAGUCCUGUACACUUUAUUGUCGCUGAGUGUACUUUGUUGUUUCGCACAAUCAGAUAUUAAGUUGGUUAGAAAGUGUUAAAUGAAAGUCAAUGAAUUUUCAAAUUAUUUGAAAAAGUAUAAUACUUGGAUUUUAUUAGUUUUUUUUAAUAGUACUUUAUAUAUAAAGCACAUGUAUUUUGUAAAGUUUAUUUAAAAUUGUCGCAUCAAUAACCUUCUCACUUAUUUUUCCUAAAAUUUUAACCAUAGAUGUAUUACGAUGCGUCUCAUCGUCCUAACUUUAAACAAACAUAGACCUCUGACUUAACUAGCCUUUUUAGAGUUUCUCUAUAACUUAAAUCUUGUUCCACUUGUUUUCAGCUGUGGAAGAAAAUUUUCCUUCAAACAGUUCUUAUUGUUUUCUUACUUCUCUUACCAAAUAAAUUAUGUUUUCUAGAAGAAGCUUAUGCUUUAAAAUAAAGUAACAUUAUUUGAAUGUCCUUAAUAUUUCCUCACCACCCUAAUGUAACCAGAAACACUGCGGCGCUUUCUAAAGAAACCAAAAACAUCAUGAAAGCGAAAUCGCAAUUGUCGCGAAAAUUGUAAACCAACAAACAAGGAAAUCGAGACGCAUAAAAAACAUAAAAAGAACAUGUAAAUAAUAGGAAAAUUAUACCGCAAAGCGAAACGCGGAAAAUUGCUAAACACACAUAACUCACAUAUCCUUGAAUCAAACGUUUAUUGCCGCGAUAAAUAAAUGGCAAGACGCAGCGACGGGUACAACCGACGUAAUUUACUUGCAGUAGCAGAAAUCGGUAAAAUGCUGAUGUACUCCAGGCUUAACACUCCUACACAUACGUAAACAUUCAAACAAAUACAUAAAUACUCAUACACUCAAUCCUAUAUGCAUGUGGGCACACACUCCAAUAAGGACUUCCGCAAACCGACAGUUAAAUACACUCGUACCAUACAUGUUUUUGUUGUUGGAAAAUGUUGAUUUCGCCGAGAUUUAAUGAAUGCUACAAUCGCACAGAUUUACAUAGAAAUGAGUGGGUUGCCGUCAAAAGCGUUAUAAGUGCGUGGGAGUACUGAUUGCUUGAUUUGAUGAUUGCCGUACUUUGUAUGGCUAAUGAAUGAAUGAAUGAAUAUUGGAAACGAUGCCUUCAUUGAGCAGAGAAAAGGAAAAUAAGUGCUUACAUGUGGGCAUGCCGGGCUUGCGGAAGUGGAAAUAAAGGUGCUUCAAGCAAAGAGAGCCCAAAACCACUUCUGUGAAAUGCACUUAAUGCAAGCGCUGAGCUUUCGAGGAUGAAGUUGUUUGAACUUAAUGGAGCUUUCAGAAAUAAAGAAACACUGUCAAAGAAACACUUACUGGAAAACAAUAAUAUUGUCUUCUUCUUCUGUUUGUCUUUAUGUAUAAUAUUUUAUAAAAGUCUAGCACACAAAAUAGAACUCUUAAAGGAAUUGGAGAGUAAAACUGAGACAGCAAAAAUCCAUUUCAUUGACAAAUUCUUUACAAAAUUUGGGUUUUAUUCCGACUUUUUCUUCAAAAAGUGAUGAAUAGUCAGUGGCUACAAGGGAAGUAACGUAGUUAAGAUUGAAAUCAUCUCAGCAUUGCAAGUCCCAUACUGGUUCAGGUGCUCUCUGAGUACAUUAGUUAUUAUUCAACUUCACAAAGUAUACAUCAGGAAAAUAUUUAGUUGAAAAUAAAUCGAAAACGAAAUAAAAAUAAUUAUCAACAGGCGAUUAUUUGAAGAGUAUUUUGAUGUGAAAAUGGGUACUGUGUUAUGGUUGUAAUGUCUGUCCACAAUCUCAGUUGAAUGUAAGAAUAAUCAUUUCAGAUUAGUCUUCGAUAUAUAUUUUUUCACUAUUCAAAAGCUUAACUAAAGUCCGGUAACAGAAAAUAUGAUAUUACGUGUACAAAGAUAAUGUAUCCCUAAUGACAUCCUGAUUGUACCAAUUACUCGGAGACUUGAGCCUAUAGUCGUAUUCCGAAAAGUCAGUCUAUUAGUGUGGUCGUCUUAUUAUUCGCUGACUCAUUUUAAUAUUCUAUCUAUUCCAACCUGUUUCUUUAUUGGUACUACAGCUCAGUCCAGGAAUGAUAGCUUUCAAUCAGGUUAUACCGAUUUAAAUAUAAUAGCAUUGUAACCUUUGAAUAUAACUGAAAAUUAUUCUUCAAAACGUCAAUUGACUUAAGUAGACCCCCUCAUUCUCGGUUUCAAAAAAUCGAUUUUUUUUUUUUCAUUUACUUCGAACCUAUAACUAUUCAAGAAUGUUCCUUUACAAUUUCAAGUUAAAAUUUCAAAAACUCUAGAAGAUAUAGCCGAUUUAUGGUGGAAGCGUCAGGCGGCGGCGAGAGCUUCUCAAAACUUUAAACGGGUUUUUCUCGAAUCAGUGUUUUUACGACUAGUGCAUGAGGUUACUCAAAACCUAUUAAUCAAAUCGGUUCCAAAUUUUAAUAAGUUAUUCUAUACAUACAUAGCUAUGUGUGUAUGAACUAGGAUAAAUCAAAUCAGGGAGAAGAUCUUCUUUACUUUUCAACUUUAUUUGUGACUAAAAAAGGCGAUUUUCAAAAAAAAUUCAAAGGUCCACCAUUUUGUUAAUUUUUGUGCGAAAUUAAUAAUCCUAGUUCAUACCAGAGUCAAACAUGUACUAUUUCUAAUCCCAUUGGAAUUUUUGGUUUCAGAUGAUCCAAUGAGCGUAAAUCACAAGCGCUGCUGAAAAGAAGGGCUUUUGUUUGACCAUAAAAAACAACAACAAAAAAAAAUUAUAUAAAAUUUGUUUCUUCUUGUUUAAGUCUUUCAAUAAAUGCAUGCAGAGUUACAGCCUUAAAAAAUAAUUUAUGUUCAUUUACCAGCCCAUUGAGAAUCGUCAAAAUUUGAAAUCGAGAAUGGAGGGGUCCCCUUAUAGCCUCCCCUGAAAGUAGCCUCGAACUCGAAGUUUUUUUUCGAAACCUGGGAUAACCCUAUACAAUUUUAGAAGCAUACCGAAAUUGAAACUUUUCCAAAGUUCUUCCAAAAAAUUAUUAAUUAACAGGUCCAUCUAAAUGUUCUAUUAUAGAUCUAAUUGCCACCUUUUUUAUUGACUGCUCGAAGAUUUAUUUUUCAAAAACUUUUGGAAUUGAAAUUUAUAUAUAACAAUAUGAAUCCCGAAGAAUAUUUCGAAAGCUUCUACUAAACUUAAAACUCUACCUUAUAAAAGCUCAAAGCUUUAAGCUAUAUAGGUUAAAUUAAAGAGCCCUUAUUUUCAACACAAAAAAUUUUUAAACCUAUGUUUUAAAGCGGGGUCGGUAAAAUAUAAUAUGUUUUUUAAUAUUUUCUACAAUAUUCCUGAUUUCUGUUAAGCUUGCGAUAAAAUUGCUAGUUAAGUCACCAAAAAAAGUGUUCUAUUAUUUAUUUCUUAAAGAAUACUCUUAUCAGAUUUAGGGGAUCUCAACAUUUUCCAACAUAACUGAGAAUUAACUAAUUGCAAACAAGACAAAAAGUUGAAAAACAAAUGAAAGAAUUUCAUCAAACCAAAAAACAAUAACAAUAAUUGCAUUUCUAGUUUAUGAGAGAAAAUAAAUAUUAUGUAUGUAAGUGUAUAGCUCAACAAAUGGAUUGUUUUUAAGUUACAAAAACAAA